AAUAUCAACAUUUAUCAGAUACUUUUCAUUCUUUUACAUCAAAUCAAUGAUGAAAAAUAUGAAAGAUUACCAAGUGACAUCAAAGAGGCUAUUAAAGAAUCAAUUAAAAUAAAUCUUCAAAGUUAUAUGAGCCCUAAAGAAAUUUUAGAUUAUUCAAAGACACUAAUUAAAAAUCUUCAAUUCAAUAAUGAUCAAGACCUCAAACAAGUGCUUGUAGCCGCAGUCAAACAAAAUCUCAUUACAGAAGGAGAGGUGUCAUACCUUUUAUCUGAAACAUCUAAAAUUGAGGAAAUUAACGAUUAA